AUGGAGGCCUUUUCCGCCGAUCAGCCCCGCAGGGCCCGUCGAUCAUCCAUCUCGGACCACAUCCACCGCGUCUUUAGCAAAUCUAUGGAUAAACGGCACAGUCAAACCGAGUUUAUUCCCCCAGUUCCAUUUCUCGCCCGUGAAGCUCUUGCGCAGGAGGCAGCCGACAGUAAUUCCCAUGCGAGGCACUCCUCGUACGAUGAGACCGGGCCCAGCUCGCGCUCUUACUCCUCCAACUCUCGUUUGCCCUCCACCGGUACACCUGGCUUGAGUCUAUCAGUCGCAAACGGGACCUCUAUGGAGGAUGAUACUCCAACACAACAAAUGACGCCCUUGUCUAGCCAUCCCAACGGAGAUGAAGACAAGAUCUACAAAUCUCCCACAUGGGACAAAGCCAAGAAGAAAGAAAAGCGUGUCACACGGCGCCUGGAAGCCGAGAGAAAAGAACUCGAGAAACGGUUGCUAGCACUUGAGGAUGCAUCCAUGGCCGACCUCAGGAUCUAUGAACGAUCCUCUCGCCGCCUGACCAAGAAACAACCAGUGGGCAGCUCGAGCAGAAGCUCCAGUGCGAAUGCAGAGCGUCCGAGAUCGUCAAGUGGCUUUUCCUCGAUAUUCCGGCGAUCACGCCGGAAUUCAAAUUCGAGCGAUGUAGACUUUCCGUCUGCCGAGUUCAGCCAGCUUAGGACAGAUACAAACCCACCCUCUCUACCUUUGACUCUACCGGAAAGGUUUGGUACAGCCAUCACCCGAGAGCUACAGUCCACGCAUAGCACCGCACUGAAUCUAUCCGUUUCGGACAAAAUGCCCAACGCAACCCAGCACAGCCGUUCACUGCAUGCCUCCGCAAAGUCUGACGAUCUUCGUGAGAACUGGAGGAUGGCGGAAGCCUGGAAGACAAAGGACGGACAGUCUAAUCGGUCAGUGUCGGAGCAGAUUCCCAAAGGUAGUCGGUUCAUUGUUGGCAAUGCUGCUCGGAACCGCCAGACACUAGCAUCCUCGGACGAUCUGGAUAGGGAGCUGUUUUCCGCAGUCCUGAAGCAUGACAGGAAGAGUGUGCCUGCGACAGAAGAUCCUCUUGAUCGUGUGGCACGCCAUGAUCGUUCCAUUAGACCUACUAGCAUGCCAACGCCGCAAAGUUUGAGCCAGCCUAACUUCCAUCCACCCCCUGAUUCGCCUACUCAAGUGACCACGGCUCGUCAGUUGCAGGAGAUGACACCUCCAGGAACCCCAGAUACUCCGGGAAAUGCAUCAAGUCCAUCCAGUGUCAGGUCUUAUCUACCACCCAACCCAGCACCAACAAGCUCCACUGCGAACCUUGCCAGGAAGAAUCGAGUGGAUCCCUUCCCGCGAGCAUACAAGUCGUCCCCCCUGGCGCUGAAUCCCGCGAAUACGGAUGAAUCGACCCAGAAUGAUUCCAUGGUUCCAAAAUCACCGACAGCACAACACCUUGACCAUGCAAGCCCACCUCAGCUAUCACACUCCCCCACUCAGCCUCUUCCCGAGGAUCGAGGUAGAAGCCGAUUGCCUAUCGCUUCGUCACAUACCACCAAGCGAACUGCAAGCCGUUUCAAGGAAAACUUCCAAGAAUCUCCACAGUCAGUCGAACUCCCACAGAUUCCUGUGAGGAGCGAAAGACGGAGUCAAGAGAAUUGGAGAAUGCCAACUGCAUCAACCAAUACGCUCGGAGAUAUCCCGACAUCUUCUUUCCAGGUAGCCGUCAGAUCUCCAUUCCAUACAGGGAGUGUUUCACCCGGCGAGAGAAACAGCCGAACAUGCAAGGACCUAUCGGAUGGCACUUACGCUGUUCCUGCGAGAUCUCCCCGCCGAGCUUCUCGCACUUCUACCGAACUCCCGGCAAAUAUCCUUGCUGUCGGAGGACCCAGAGGGCUCAAACCAGGACAUAGCCGUACUUCUUCACACGCCUCCUCCCACGACGGUCAUUCAAAUUAUGACACUGCCGAUGAAGAUACCCCCGAGUCCCCUGGAGUCAAAUGCAACUCUCUGACUCGCGUGGAUACCAGUCCCUCGACCUCUGCUGGUGAAGCACCGGUCGUAGCGGAUGCUCCCGUUAGUCCACUCGUUCAACCCACUAUUCAGCCUGGCCUGAAGCCUAACUCCCAGCCUCGCAUUCAACCCGUCACCCAACCCAGCCCCCAGGCUGUCUUGCAUUCUAGAUCUCAUCACGACACUUAUCGCGGCAUACAGUAUGGCCCUCAGCCUGGAACUCAGCCUGAUACUCAUCCCGGCAUGCAACCCAGCCCCCAACCGGGUACUCAACCCGAGAGCCCGCAAACCCGGCAAGGCCCCAUGAGCAUCCUCAAAAGAAGAUCCCAAAAAGCGAAGGCAGCCCGCAACCCACAAACCAUCGCCAAGGUCUUCGUAAUCUGCUGUCGCUGCAAGUACUGGCACGACCUACCCUCCGAGGUCUACGCGCGUCUCGCCUACCCCGAGCGUCUAGACCCAGAUUUCAAGCUGGGUAGAUCCCUCUCCAAGAAACAACCCGACAGCGGUACCCGCAAGUUGACAGGAUCACGAUCACUGCCAUUCGGUAAAUUCCCAGCUCCCCAGCCUGAUCUACGACCCGCGCCUCUUCUGCCUCGCAAGGUGACCUGCUGCUGGUGUGGACACAAUAUGAGCCGUUCUUGUUGUGAGGGUUGGACUACUGUUGUUGAGAUGCGUGAGCGUCACCAUUGA